AUGUCCUCGAAGGCUUCUGCCAUUCGCGAAGAAUCUCCACCCAGCAGGGAAGCAAUUGUAGUCUUCAUUCAUAAAUCUGACUUCAGGCCAUCAGUUUCGCACAUCCGGGCCCCAUUUUACAGGCCCCAUAGCGGCGACAGCAUUUACAUCUCGGUGGUCUGGCGAUUAUUGAAUUGCAUUCCAUCUGAUAAAACAAGUUCAACCUAUAGAUUUGAAUUUUUAGAGCCUACAUCCUCCAAAGCAGUGCCUCUGGUAAUCUGUGGUCCUUCUGGAUCUGGAAAGAGUAGCAUAAUACAAAGACUUCUCCUGAGGAAUCCAGAUAUCUUUCAAGUAUGUAUCUCCCACACCACCCGUCAAAGGAGACCAAAUGAGGUGGACGGAAAAGACUACAUUUUCGUUACCAAGGAUGAGUUUAAAGCGGCCAUAAGACGAAAUGAAUUUGUGGAAUACGCGGUAUUUUCCGGAAACUAUUAUGGAACAAGUAAAAAGCAAAUGGAGAAAGUCACUCAAGCCGGCAAAGUUUGUAUUUUCGAGUUGGACACUCAAGGUGUGGAACAGAUAAGAAAAACGGAGAUUCACCCCAUUUACGUUUUCAUCCGCCCAAGGAACUACGCAAUUCUCGAGAAGCGACUCCGUACGCAUUCGGUUGAGUCGGAGGAGCACAUCCUGCAGCGAUUGGCAAUUGCGCAUCACGAGAUGCAGUACGCCCUUGAUGAGGAAAUUUUCAAAAAAGUCGUUACAAAUGAAGAUCUAGACGCUGCAGUUCAGGAAAUUGAAACUCUCCUCCAGCAGGUUAGCGUGGCUUGGUUCAUGGCCUCUUUAUCAUAA